AUGUCUGCCAUUCGCCCAUUCACUAUCGACGUCAACAACGAGACCCUCGACUGGAUCACCCAUCGCGUAAAGACUGCGAAGAUACCCUCUGACAUCACCCAUCCCGAAGGACAUGAAUGGGACGAUGGCAUGCCCAGCAGUGUCCUGGAAGAUCUCAAGAACUUUUGGUCGACGCAAUAUGAUUGGCGUCAGGUCGAAGCGAGACUCAAUUCAACUUUCAAAAUGUUCAAAGUGGAGCUGACGGAGGGGGACGAGACUAUCGACCUUCACUUCGUGCACCACCGAAGCCCUAGAGAGGAUGCCGUCCCUUUGAUCUUUGCUCAUGGGUGGCCGGGCAACUUUACCGAGGUUAAAAGUCUGCUGUCUUUGACUGAUCCGUCAGACCCCAAGCAACAAGCCUUCCACAUUGUGGCACCUACCAUCCCAGGAUUCCGUCCAGGGUUCUCCAUCGCCCGUAUUGCGCGAGUGUAUCAUAAACUGAUGGUGACAUUGGGCUAUAAGCACUACGUCGCACAAGGCGGAGACUGGGGAAGCUUCAUCCUUCGUUCGGUCGCUAUUCAGUAUCCUGAAGCCGUUGUGGGACUUCACAUCAACUUCCCUGCCGCACCCAUCCCUUCUCCCCUCAAAAACCCCAUCACAUUGUUCUGGCUCGCCAUCGGGUGGCUAACACCAGAGGAAAAGAAACGCAUCAACCGCAUAAAAUGGUUCUUCGAAGAGGAAAGCGGAUACUCGAAAAUUCAAGGAACGAAACCGCAGACCAUCUCGCACGCACUGCUCGACUCGCCCAUCGGUAUGCUUGCCUGGAUUCGGGAGAAGAUCAACGCAGGGGUAGAGCCCGACUACGUAUGGGACAAAGAGGAGGUCAUUACAUGGACCAUACUCUAUUUGCUCGCCGACAGCGCGGGUGCGGCCAGGAUUUACAAAGCUGCCAAUGCUAAAACCCUUGCCGAAGAGGUAUUGAACCCAAAGAUCUCACGCCAAGUUGCAUUUGGUAUUAGUUCGUUCCCCCAGGAGAUUGCCUAUAUGACACGCUGGUGGGCUGAAGCCUGUGUUGCGGAGAACAUCACAUACUGGAAGAUGCACGACAAGGGUGGUCAUUUCCCAGCCGUCGAGGUUCCAGAUCGCCUACUUGAAGACAUCCUUGGUUUUGUGAAGUCUAUUCCUGUAGAACGUAGAUCGCUUUUAUCUGGCCAGUAG